AUGGCUUCCUCCUUCUCGGAGCGCCCCUCGUCUCCCUGGCGGCGCUUCCCGGAGCCUCUCCCGGCCAGGAUUCGCCGCAUGGCCUCCCUCCGUCCCACACCGGGCAGCGUCACGCUCUACGAGAUGGAGAACUUCCAAGGCCGGAAGUGCGAGCUGACCGAAGAGAGCCCCAACCUCACCGAGAAGGACCUGGAGAAAGUGGGCUCCGUCCGGGUGGAAGCCGGCCCCUGGCUGGGGUUUGAGCGCCAGGCCUUCAGUGGGGAGCAGUUUGUGUUGGAGAAGGGGGACUACCCUCGCUGGGAUUCCUGGUCCAACAGCCACAGCAGUGACAGCCUCCUCUCCAUCCGUCCCCUCCUGAUUGACAGUCCGGACCACAAGAUCCACCUGUUUGAAAACAUCAACUACGGCGGGAGGAAGAUGGAGAUUGUGGAGGACGACGUACCCAGCCUGUGGGCUCACGGCUUCCAAGACCGCGUGGCCAGCGUCAAGGCCCUGAAUGGAAUAUGGGUGGGGUACGAAUACCCCGGGUACCGUGGCCGGCAGUAUGUUUUUGAGAAAGGCGAAUACCGCCACUGGAACGAGUGGGACGCCAGCCAGCCCUUCAUCCAGUCCUUGCGGCGCGUCCGGGACCAGCAGUGGCACAAACGGGGCUGCUUCGAGGAGAGCUAGAGAUGUCGUGCUGACCCAAGAGUUAGAAGAACCUGAACCGGGGGGGCUCCUGCCAGGAGGAAGCAUCGGUGGUGACGGCCCCCCAGCUGUUCUCUGUAGAAGAUGAUCUGACGCUCUCAAUAAAAGUCUG